AUGGGAAGGGAGACAAUGCCGUCUGCACAGCAAUGGCAGGGUAUGCCAGCCAUCAAGGGCUCGAGUGAGAGUAUGCGCAUGGCCUUGCUCACAGCCUCGCUCAUUGGAUUACAGUUCACAUGGAAUGUCGAAAUGACUUACUGCACCCCCUACCUCCUCGAACUCGGCCUCACCAAGUCCAAAAUCUCCCUCGUCUGGGUCGCAGGCCCCCUCUCCGGCCUGAUUAUGCAGCCCAUUGUCGGCGUGGUCGCGGAUCGCUGCACCUCCCGCUGGGGCCGUAGACGUCCUUUUAUGUUCUGCGGUACCAUUCUGGUGGCCAUGUUCUUGCUACUGUUGGGCUGGACAAAGGAGGUCGUGCGGGCAUUCGCCACGGAUCCGGAGACGAUCCAGAGUGCAACGAUAUAUCUUGCCGUCUUUAGCAUUUACGGCAUCGACUUUGCAAUUAAUGCGGUACAGGGGAGUUGCAGAGGCUUGAUUGUGGAUACACUGCCGAUAGCGAAACAGCAGACUGGCAGUAGCUGGGCUAGCAGGAUGGUUGCUGUGGGCUCUUUGAUCGGGUAUGGGGCUGGGGCAAUCAAUUUGAGGAGUGUGUUUGGGCCUAUGCUGGGGGACACACAGUUCAAGCAGCUGACCGCUGUGGCGGCUAUGACGCUGUGUAUCGCGGUAGGGACGACGAGCUGGGCGGUCACGGAGAGGGUACUAGUAAGCGAUGGGGGUGAGGAGGGCGAGAAGCUGGAUUUGAAGGAGGUGAUGGGCACCAUUUCCCAUACGGCGUUGAAUUUGCCCAGGGGAAUUCAGGCGAUUUGCCAUGUGCAGUUUUGGGCAUGGAUUGGAUGGUUUCCCUUUCUCUUCUACAGCACAACAUGGGUUGGUGAAGUCUAUUUGCGCUACGAUGCGCCUGCCGAAGUUAAGGAAGCAGCGGAUUUGACGGGUAAAGUUGGGCGUAUUGGUUCGACGGCGCUGAUUGCCUUCUCCAUCAUCACAUUUCUCAUGUCUGUUCUCCUACCCUUCUUCGUCCGGAGCCCGCAGGACGAGAGCCCGAGUUUCACACCACGACCACCCAAGAGCAUUGCCGGUCUCGUGAUGGGACUGGAGAAGUACAAGCCCAGUCUCCUGACCGCUUGGACAAUCAGCCAUUGCAUCUUUGCCUGUAGUAUGAUUAUGGCCCCCUUUGUCAGGAGUCUACAUGCAGCGACAUCAUGGUCCAUAGCCUGCUGGGCCCCCUUUGCCUUUCUCGGCGUAGAAAUCAACCGUCUCUCGUCAUCCCCUUCACACACCUACCACCACCUCGGCCGCUCCUCCCUCGAACUCGAAGCCCCCGUGCCCCUCAGCCUGACGCAGGGCCUCGAAGACUCGUCCACAUCGACCUCGUCCACGGGCGAAUCCUCGGGAAAAUACCUCGGCAUCAUGAACCUGUACACCACGCUCCCACAAUUCGUCGGCACGGCCAUUAGCUGGAUCGUCUUUUCGAUCCUGGAGCCGGGCAAGAGCCCGGAGCUGAGCGAGGGAGCGGUCGCGGAGACGGCGGCACGGAAGGAUGGGCCGAAUGCGAUUGCGGUUUGUUUGUUUAUUGGUGCUUGUUCGGCUUGUGUGGCGGUAGCGGCUACGAGGAGGUUGGGGAGGAUACAGGGGAGAUUGUGA